AUCUUUGAAAGAAAAGGCUUGUUUAUGGAAGAAGACGCACAAGAAUCAUCCGAAGAAGAAGAAGAAGAAGACAACCAUCCUUCUCUCCUCCAUUCCUUUUUCAUGGCCUAGACAGACAAACAUAUAAAUCUAGAGAGAGAGAACCAGAAGAAAGGCAUUAGGUUUCAGAGAGAGAAUGGGGAAGGGGCCAUUCUCAUUUCGCCGGACGAGCAGCCGUCGACGGAUGAAGAAACCGCCGCACACGGAGGUUGAGGUGGUGUCUCUGUUGCCGAACAAUGCUAUUGAUGCGCAGUCGCCGAAUAACGCCGCCGCCGCCGUGAAUAACUCGAUCUCCGCCAUGGUGGCGGCGGGGACGUCGAUCAAGCCGAAGAAGAAGGCCGGAGGGGCGAAGCUGUGGAUGCGGUUCGACAAGUUCGGGCAAUCGGAGCUGAUCGAGUGCGAUAAGAGCAUGAUUAUUAAGCGUGCGUCGAUUCCGGCUAGGGAUUUGAGGAUUCUUGGCCCCAUCUUCUCUCACUCCUCCAAUAUCCUUGCCAGGGAGAAAGCCAUGGUUGUCAACUUAGAGUUUAUAAAGGCUAUAGUUACAGCUGAAGAAGUACUGUUGCUUGAUCCUCUCCGGCAGGAGGUUCUUCCGUUUGUGGAUCAGUUGAGGCAACAAAUUCCUCAUAAAAGCCUGUCCAAGAUCCAAGGAGGGGGCCAAAUGGAUGUACAAGACAAUGAAAUGUGUUCGUCAACUGGGGGACAAUGGCUACCUGUUCCUGAAGCUGUGGAAGGUCUGCAGUGUGAACUCCCAUUUGAGUUUCAAGUUCUUGAGAUUGCAUUGGAAGUUGUUUGUACAUAUCUGGACUCCAGUGUGGCAGACCUUGAGAGAGAUGCUUACCCUGUGUUGGAUGAACUGGCAAGGAAUGUUAGCACCAAAAAUCUUGAGCACGUAAGGAGUUUGAAAAGCAAUCUGACCCGUUUGCUUGCACGGGUACAAAAGGUGCGCGAUGAAAUUGAACAUCUUUUAGAUGACAAUGAAGACAUGGCACAUUUAUACUUAACAAGGAAAUGUAUUCAGAAUCAGCAAUCUGAGGCUUUGUUAGGAGCUACAGCUUCAAAUAGCAUUGUCAGUGCUGGACCACAUCUUCGCCGUUUUGGCUCUAUCAGGAGUGCAAGUUUGGUGUCAAGCAACUAUUUGGGUGACCAUGAUGUGGAAGACCUGGAGAUGUUGCUCGAGGCUUAUUUCAUGCAGCUGGAUGGGACUCGUAACAAGAUACUCUCUGUCCGUGAGUAUAUUGAUGACACAGAGGAUUAUGUCAAUAUCCAACUUGACAACCAGCGAAAUGAACUUAUUCAACUGCAGCUGGUAUUGACCAUUGCAUCGUUUGCUAUUGCUGUCGAGACUCUGAUAGCUGGGAUGUUUGGUAUGAACAUCCCUUGUCAAUUGUACAAAAUUAACGGGAUAUUCAACAUCUUCGUUGGAGUCAUUACUGCUGCCUGUGUAUUACUUUUCCUGCUCAUUCUAGGAUAUGCCAGAUGGAAGAAACUGAUUGGAUCGUGAGCUCUAUGUCUUUUAACAUCGUAGAUUUAGAAAUUUCAUGGGCUCAUGUUGUUCCUUUUGCCAUGAAAAGUCUUAAAUUUCAAGCUGCAGUUUCAGGCCCCGUAUUAAAGCGACUUUUUGUUUUUUUGGGUCUUGUGUUGUAAUAUUCUUGGAUCAUAGAUCCCUUUAUAAUCUGCUAUACAGAUGUUUUAUAAUUAAAAGAUAUAGAAAUUUCAUGAGCUGAAAAUUCUCUCUGUUUUUUUGGUUCGUUUAGGUAUGUGUGAAUAUUCUAGUUUGGCUGGUAUUAGGGUGCUCAACUUGGAUGUAGGAUAAAAAUGUAUACACAUUUAUAUUACAAUUAUAUUUAUGGGUUCAUGUUCGUAAGGAACUUUUGUUGACCAA